ACCAAGCUGGGUAUAUCAGUCUUAAUCUGCAAAAAUACAGGUGCUGCAAAAACACUAAAAACAGUGCAUCAAGACUAUCGAGAAAGAGAGAGUGUGUGUUAUCGAGAGAAUCUUGCACAUAGAAUCUUCUACUGGACGCCGCAAUCAUGAGAAUGCAAGGGCUCAGUUUCGCGACCCUCAAUAAGAACCCGGCCCUGUAUCCGCUGUACUUCUGCAUAGGACUGGCAAGCUGCGGCGCGUUCUUGUACACGUUACGUCUGGCGACGCGCAGUCCUGACGUUUCCUGGCUGAACAAGAGAGAGGCCGAGCCGUGGAACUAUUACAAGGACAGACAAUACAAGUUCUACGUGUCAAAAGAUGAAAUCAGCAACGCCAAGAGCCCAGCGCCUGAGUAUUGAGCUGCGUCAUGUAAACUAGUUUUAAUAAUGUAUAUUUUAUACGAGUAUAUAUGUAGAAAGAGUGACUUACAGUACUGAGUACUCCAUUAAUAAACAGUGUUUUUGAAAUUGCA